AUGUCCAACCAAAACAACUCAUCUCUCGUUGCCAUCGGCCCGAUAACCAACCAUAUCUCAAUCCAAUCUGAGCAAGCCCAAGUGCCUGCCACCAUGCAAAGUGUAUAUACCGGUGCAGCCACUAUCUCUGUCGGUACUGCUAUCAUUUCUGAACACACACCUCAACGCAACGGCCCCACAGCCAAUUUCGCCAUUCAAUUCAAGGAGCGAAGUGGUGAUAACUUCACUUAUAUUCCUGAAGCAACUUAG